UGUCAAUGGUAAUUUUGUAACAAUUUAUUGAAUAAAAUUAUUUGAACGUUUUACAAUGAUUUAUACAAAGCAAGAGUAUUACACGCCAGCGGAGGUUGUGAUACACAACAGAGCCGACGAUUGCUGGGUGUCUUUGAAUGGCAAAGUGCUGAACAUGACGUCAUGGUUGGACAAACAGUUCCGGUACUGCAAGUGCCCCAAAGACUGCUCCUGUCCUAACAAGAACUGGUAUUGCGCUGAUGACUGCAUUGAGUACUGCAAAUGUUUCAAAAUGGGCUUCGAAUAUUGCGAUGCUAAAAGACUCGCUAUGACAAUCCUAGCGUACGCCGGUAAAGACGUCAGCCAUUGGUUCAAAGCGGAAGACUGGAUAACGUACGUGCACCCUAUAGUGACGUCCAGGAUACCAUUCAUGCGUCAUGGGCCGAGCUUCGAGCAGCCCGUAGUACCCUCGAAUCGCUGGAGACCGAUCGACAAGCCCUGGUGGCUGGACGACAGUAUUGUGGUAGGAAAGCUGACCGCGAGGAGCAGGCCGAUAAGAAUCACCAAUACACUUACAAGUUCAUCUGUUAUGUUGGAGGUGUGCUCUGAGGAGACUAUCUACCAAAUAAUGAUGCGCUACCUGCCGCACAAUGCUCACAUGCAUUCGUACACUUGGUGCCAUCUGGGCAAACCCCUCAAGUACCAUCGCACGCUCGAGCAAAACAAGGUUUACGACGAGAGAGAUCGCUUCAGCGAGGUGGCGUUGCCGGAGAAUAUCUAUGUACCUGAUAUUUUGCUUUACUAUAACGAUGAUCUCACUGAAGAUCUCCCUCGAGAUGGUUGUGUUUGUUUCAACAGGGAGUGUGUGUCGAAGCCCGAGCAAUGCAAAAAUAAAUAAUUCAUAAAACAUUUAAAUAAAUAAA